AUGAGCACAGCCCUUUUUUUGUCGAACUACCUUACUAAGGAGGCUCAGGCGGCCUUAUUGACGGAUUUGACAAAUCAUGAAAAGUUUGAACAAGUAGUUGAUAUUUUGAAUUCCCAGCUCGUGGAUAUUUCAGACAAUGCUAAAUUAUGCAGACUUCUGUUUGAAAAGCUGAUUUUGAAAAUAUCUGGUGUUAUUGACGUAAUACGCUCGUCUGAUAACCACAUCCAUCAAUAUUCAGAAAUACUGGAGAGUGAUGAACUAAAGACAUUAGCAGAAUUGGCGUGCAAACUGCCUCAUGUUUGGGCACUUUAUGAGGAUUGGCUAAGUGAAAAACUUGUGCGCCAUAGUGUAGAGAGAAAAGAAAAGCUUUUUCGUGGUGAUUUUUACGAUAAAGUUUUCCAACAGCUGAUAAGUGAAUUUAAAACUAAGGGUGACACAAUCGCAAAAGAAUAUGAUGACGUUGAGUUCAUCGCGCUGAUGAAAGUACUGGAACUCUCUUACACAUUCGCAAGUGAAGCUAGCCUGAUAUCGUGCAAUAAGCUGGACGCAAUUGUGAUUGGACUUCUUGCGUGCGACGACGAGACGCUUGCAAACACAUGCUCCAACUUAAUCAAGUGGCGUGUUUCCCAAAUUUCAAAAAAAUGCAAUCAAUCAGCUAUUUUCGAUCUCCUUACUUUAAAGUCUUUGAAAGAAACCUUCAAAGGGAAGCACAAUGGUGCAUGGCAGCAGAAAAUUGGCCUCACACUAUUACUAAGACUUCUUUUACAGACACCGCCAUCCCCUCAGUUGGUUAAUUUUAUGCAAACAGAUAUUUGGGAUCAUAUUAAGAAUGCAUUGAUCCAUGACUCGCAUGAAUACCGUAAACUAGGACUUUCAAUAUUGAAACUAUCUAUACAAAAGUCAUCAGAUAAUAUGGAGAGUUUCGAAUCUCCACUUUUUUUCUGGAAUUCAUCGGAGAAGAUAAAAACAAUACAAGCUUGGGAAAAAUUCACUACUCUUUAUGAGAUUGUCUCUCUUGAGAGCGCUUUGAAUCAGAUUCAGGCUGCAAGUGACUAUAUUUUGGAGCUCUUCAACGAUCCUUUUUUACCGCCUACUUGGGGCCUUAUUCUAUUUUCCACCGGAUUGAGAGCUCCGAUGGAGGGUAUCAGAAAGUACAUGAUGUCUCUAUUAUUUCAGGUUGACGAUCCAGCUGUGUUUUCUGCCGAUAUUGAUGUACUCAAGGAAAGUAUUCUUCCAAGUGCCAUGGAGGCCCACUAUUUUGCCUCUGAUGGUAAAUCUUGUCUUUACGGUGAAAGACUAGUUGAGUUUGUAACAUCUGUCAUUUCAAAUUCUGGAGAUCAAAUAUCAGCCAUUUUGGAAGCUCUCCUGGACGUCUUAGUCAAAUAUGGAACGUCCUAUGAUCCUGCAAGAAUAUAUCUAUCUUAUGGAGUUCUAAAAUCAUUAAAGGAGAAACAUGUAAGGGUCAUAUCACUUCAACAUUUACGGUAUAUCAAAAAGUUGUUUGAAUUUGAAAGUGAAGAGGUGUUAUUUGAGACUACCAUAAAAAGUAUUUACCUCAAGUUUCUCCUUCAUGUUGAUAAAAGUGUUACGCCGGUUCAAUGGAUUCAGGCAAUUGUGACACAUUUGAAAUGCAAUGAAAACAAUUACAAGUACUUGACUCCUUUAAUGGAUAUCUUCAAAGAUUUUGCCGUCACUUAUUUCGAUCCAAACACAGCUAUAAAUGAAAUUAGCCAAUAUAUUAGUAAUGACCCGACAUUUGAAGUCUUGUCUGUGAUAUUAUUUGAAAAUGAUUCUGUCAUAAUCAACAAAUCCUUUUUAUUAGAACUUGCUAUAUCAAACGAGUCAGUCAACAGCUAUGCAAAGGAAGCAACAGAUAUUUUAAGCCAGUUAUUGCUGGUAGAAGACUCCACUAGCUAUAAAUCGACCAGUUUGCUGCUCGAUCUUUCUUGCUUCAGUUCCCUAACUUGGAAGUCCAUCAAACUGAAACCCUUAUUUGAUUCACUGUUCUCAGAUUUUUGUCCUGACAAGCUGUUUUUUUUUGUAGCUGCUUUUAAGAAAGUGACUGAUUAUAGUACUGAAUUUGAUGACUUAAAGUUUACGGAAGUCAAAGAUCUAUAUUCAACUAUACAACAGCAGAUUAAAAAAAGCACAAGUAUUUUCUUCAAGAUUAGAGAUAAAACCUAUUCUGCUUACUUUGAUUUUGUUUUGGUUUACAUGAAAUCUCAUUCACUAGAGGUUGCUGACCUCACAGAACUAUUGAAUCUUCUAAAAGAGAAUAUUGAUCGAGACAAUGGCAAUUUUGAGGGAAACUUACAAGUUUCCAAUAUAUGCAGCUAUCUACUUGAAAAUUACGCAACGUUUCAGACACAAGAGAACAACAAUCCUAUCUUCAGUGUUUUCCUCAUCGUAUCCACUAUGUGGGAAUCAAUAACCAGCGAACGACUUGUUUUGAAACAGAGGAGUCUACAUUUGUCAACUAUUAACUGUUUAUUUCAUUCGAAAGUUUUGCAUUAUGCGUGUCUCACGGAAAACCACCAUUCAAACUCAGUCUCUCAGAAGUUAUGUGAGUAUGGACAGGACAUCUUAGAGCAGGCACAAUCAAGAAGGGGUGUUUUACCUUUGCUGAGUAGCUCUAUUUGCAGUUUUAUCAAAAGAUAUGGGGAAUUACUGGGUACGAAAAACUCAAAAUAUGACUGGAUUGUCUACUUAAUGGCAUCGAUCUUCGCUAUGGAGCAAAGCAAAGUUAGCAUUUUCCAAAUAAAGCCAGUAAUUGCUGAACUGUAUGAUAAGAACAUAUGCUUAUACAGUGAGAGUAAGAAUGGGCUCUAUUUAGAUAUCUACAAAUCAAACGAAAUUGCAGCAAAAAUUUCAGUGAUUGAGACACUUAUUACCUCUCCAGCAAGCUUCAAAGAGAAAUUCGUAUGUAGAUUAAGUGAACUCGAAAACUUUUUGACUGCAAACAGAAAGACGGAUGGCGAUGAAGAGCGGGAAAGACUUUUGAAAUGGCAGCUCUUUGUGCUUUGUAUUCCAGAUAUCAAUCCCAUAAUGAUGCUUGAAAUUGCUGAAAAGAUGAUCUUCAAUGGAUUUUUGACAGAAUUUUCCCCUUCAAUCAGGGUUUAUAUGGAGUGGUCUAUUGCAUUAGCACUGGCAGAAAACUACGAAGAGGAGGCUGCGAUAUUUUUGGAAGACAAGGUGUUUUCUGUAAUGAAUGAGCACUCCAAACCUAUCUUGGUUGUUGGAGCCGAAAGAAUAUGUUUCAUUGUUUUAAAAGCAUUGAAAGGAAAAGCUAAUAUCCAGAGAUUCAUGGAAAGAUUUACCAGCACUUUAGUUUCAAAUGCUACAUCCAAUAAGCCUUUAGUGAGACAUUUUUCGAACUCCUUAACACUAUCAUAUUGGCCCUUGUUCCAAAAAGAAAUCAAAGAUAAGACACUUCGAAAUAUUUUUGAGGAACUUUACAAAAAUGCUCAAAGCCAGAAAAAUGAGGGACACUAUAGAGCUGGUGAUGCGAUUUUAUGGUCUCUUUACGAAGAUAUCACCUUGACCGGCCUAUUUGGAGGAGUUCUCAAGAAGAUCAUGGACCAUGAUUUGCCAUAUAUCACCAAGCAACAAUUCAAAACUCAUUUACAGGUGAAAAACUCGAUACCGAUUGGGGAAGAUGAAUGCGAUUUGUGGGUAGGGGAAAGGGUAACCAAACCAAAGGAAAAAAUAACGUCCAAUAGCCCUCCGACCUCUUCACAAUUCCAAACCAAGAGUGGUGCUUGGGAAGCAAUGUUUGACAUUGACGAUAAUGAAACGAUGAGAAAUGUGAAAAGAUCAGAAUUGAUUAUUGUAUCAUCGCUAGUGGACAAGGCUCCUAACCUGGGGGGCAUCUGCAGAUUAUGUGACGUUCUUGGUGUUGGGUUGCUAACUGUUCAAGACUUGAGAGUGAAAAAUCAUCCGCAAUUUAAGAGAGUUGCCGUUACUGCUGACAGAUGGAUGCCAAUUCAAGAGGUUACUGUCGAGCAAAUAACAGAGUUCAUGAGAGGGAAAAAAAAAGAGGGCUAUACGCUAAUUGGUUUAGAACAAACUGAUCAAUCUAUCAAAUUAGAUGAAAACUUUAAAUUUCCAAAAAAAUCGCUUAUCUUGCUAGGCAUUGAAGCGCUUGGUAUUCCAGGCCAUCUAUUAAGUGAGCUCGAUAUAUGCGUGGAGAUCAAGCAAUUCGGUGUAAUCAGAUCUAUGAAUAUUCAAACUGCCACCGCAGUUAUAGCACAUUCCUAUACAGUACAACACAUGUAA